AUGAGGACCUUAAUUUUUGUCCUCACGUUGGGGACUUUCUCCUGUUCAGGGCUCCCAGUGUAUGACUACGAGCUCCCAGUCACAGAAGAGGCUCUGAAUGCUUCCCUUGCAAGGAUCAACUCCCAGUCAUGGGGGACAAACCUGUAUGGUGUUGUGGGGAGCCGUGUCACAAGGGUUGACAUGUGGGACAGCAACACCUACAGCCUAGAGCUGCAGUUCAGUGUCCGUGAGACCUCGUGCACCAAAGCUUCAGGGAGAGACCCAGCCACGUGUGCCUUCAAACUAGGGCCCUUUGUGCCAGCUGGUCUCUGCAGCAGCCUUGUGCAGGUGUCCGGGGAGCGCGUCUCCAGGCUGAGCGUGCGGUGCCGCUGGGGCAGCCCCAGCUCCGAGUCCCUGAGCAGUGAGGAGAUGAUGUACGUGCCCAUGAUGAGCCCCAGCUGGCAAGGCAGCAGCCACAGAGAAGGUGUGUUUGCUCCUGAAGCCUCAGCAGGGAGAGGCAGCAGCCCUGGAGACUGGCACAGACCCAGCCAUUUCAGCCCUGACAAGAGGGAAUAG